CUAGAAGAGAUUUUAAAAUAGCAAAAACGAAAGACGUCAGAAAUUUUACGAGUCUAUGGAAAGUCUAAACCAACUUACUGCCCUUUGGUAAAAUCUAUGAAUCAACCAAAAGGGUGACACUUUCCACCAUUUUUUGGUUUUAUUGAAUCCAUUGGUUGGAGGGGGGAAAGUAGUUGCAGUGGCAGCCAUGAGUCUUGUUGUUUCAGCUGGGGGUCAUUCCUUCUGUUUACAAGCAGGUAAAGGGUUUCCUAUAUCCAAACCCAAGGGCUACAAAUUCGGUCCUCGAGCUGCUUUGGUCGAAGCUACACCCAGAGUCAACGGUUCGCCAUCGUCCACCUCUAUACAGGUUUUAGCAACUGACCGAGCCGAGGAACUAAAGGCGGAGGCUCGAGCCUUGGCUCGUGCUGCCGAUGCCUCCGUUUACAGCCCCCAAUUGCUUGCCAAAAAGUAUGGGUCUCGUCCCGUCAAGGCAGUGAAAAGGACUUUGGAAAUCUUGGUAGCACUGGGUACUUUUGCUUUGAAACUGUUUUUGGACCAAAAGAAUGGAACCUUAGAUCAAAACAAGAGGAAACGAGCAGCUGAAUUGAGGACUAUCUUCACCAGACUAGGCCCUACUUUUAUAAAAUUGGGUCAGGGUUUAUCCACUAGGCCUGACCUUUGCCCUCCGGAGUAUCUCGAGGAGCUGGCUCAGCUGCAGGAUGCUUUGCCCACAUUUCCUGAUGCAGAUGCAUUCUCAUGCAUCGAAACAGAGUUGGGGAUGCCACUGGAGUCCAUUUUCUCCACCAUAUCCCCUACUCCUAUUGCAGCUGCUAGUUUAGGUCAAGUGUACAAAGCUCGACUUAAGUAUUCAGGACAAACCGUUGCUGUCAAGGUACAACGACCUGGUAUUGAAGAUGCCAUUGGACUCGAUUUUUAUCUCAUAAGAGGUCUAGGAUUUUUCAUUAAUAAGUAUGUUGACAUCAUCACCACCGAUGCUGUUGCACUCAUCGAUGAAUUUGCCAGUCGAGUUUAUCAAGAGCUCAACUAUGUGCAGGAGGGACAAAAUGCCAGGAAAUUCAAGAUGUUGUAUGCUGACAAGGAGGAUAUCCUUGUUCCCGAUAUCUUUUGGAAUUAUACGAGUGGCAAAGUAUUGACAAUGGAGUGGGUUGAUGGAGUGAAACUGAAUGAACAGGCCGCAAUUGAAAGGCAAGGUUUGAAGCUUUUGGAUUUAGUGACCACUGGUAUCCAGUGCAGCCUCAGGCAACUACUGGAGUAUGGAUACUUUCAUGCAGAUCCUCAUCCUGGUAAUCUUUUGGCAACACCUGAAGGAAAACUUGCUUUUCUAGAUUUUGGGAUGAUGAGUGAGACCCCGGAGGAAGCAAGAUUCGCCAUAAUCGGUCAUGUUGUUCACAUGGUCAAUCGAGAUUAUGAAGCUAUGGCCCGUGAUUACUAUGCUCUGGAUUUCUUGUCAACUGAUGUAGAUGUUUCCCCAAUUGUGCCGGCACUUCGGGACUUCUUUGAUGAUGCUCUUAGCUACACUGUUAGUGAACUAAACUUCAAGACCCUAGUUGAUGGUUUGGGUUCUGUUUUAUACCAAUACCCAUUUAACGUACCUCCCUAUUAUGCACUGAUAUUGCGGUCCCUUACUGUGCUAGAAGGGUUGGCCCUCUAUGCCGAUCCGAAUUUUAAAGUGCUGGCUGCUUCAUACCCAUACUUUGCUAAAAGGCUUCUCACAGAUCCAAAUCCAUAUUUGAGAGAUGCUCUCAUAGAGUUGCUUUUCAAGGAUGAGAGGUUUAGGUGGAAUAGACUAGAAAACCUUCUUGUUCAAGGAAGCAAGGACCGAGAUUUCUCAGCGAAAGAUGCUUUGCAACCUGUUUUAAAGCUACUACUGGGACCAGAUGGCGAAGAGCUUAGGACUUUGGUCAUUAAAGAGGCUGUUCGUGUUACUGAAGCUUUUACUCUAUGCACAUUUGUUGAUACAUACAACUCCGUACCUUCUUUUAUGCGUAGUCUAAUAUUCAAUGGAAAUGGAGCGCUGGCGAUGAGCAGUGCUGAAUUGCAAAGCAUGAUGGAGCUCCGGGACCAAGUCUUUCGAAUCUGGGGGCUUCUACGGUCGUCAGAAAACUUUGAUCCAGCACUUUUGCAGCCUAUUUUACAAAUCCUUCAACAACCCGAGGCACGCAGUCUAGGUGGCCGUGUAGUUGGUGGGAUCACUCAGCGUCUGGCAGCUCGCUUACUGCAACAAGUUCUUCGAAUGCCAAUGGCUCCUACUUCAAGUUUAUCAGCAUUGGACACUCGGUGAGCAAACCUGAAAAUAGACAACCAUUCUUUUUUUCUCCUGUUAGUUAUUCAACUAAAAGGAAUAACAUUAGAGAGAUUAUAGCAAAAAGAAUACCCCUUUGGGGAGUGUAUCAUCUCAUCGAAUGAAGAACAGAAGCUUGUAACCUAUUAGUUAGGUUAUGAUCUUUUGCAGAAUAUUUCUAUUUAAUCAAUUUACAUAAAAGAAUCCGAAUAUUUGACUCA